AAUAAGCAUGAAGUAGGGCGUUGUGAGAACAGUUACAGUAUGAUUUGAGAGCACAAUAUGUGUGAUAGAGAAAGACGCCGAGUUGCUGUGAUUGGAGCUGGAGCGAGCGGGUUGACAAGCAUCAAGGCUUGCCUGGAAGAAGGUUUGGAGCCAGUGUGUUACGAACAGUGCGGAGUCAUAGGUGGUUUAUGGACGUUCACAGAAGAACCGAAGCCAUACCAGGGAGGGGCAGUUUAUGACUGCCUGGUGACCAAUACCAGCAAAGAGAUGACCUGCUUCAGCGAUUACCCAUUCCCCAAACAUUUCCCCAUGUACCUCACACACAGGCUGGUCAAGCAAUAUCUGGAUGAAUAUGCCAAGCGGUUUGGUCUACUACAGCACAUUAGUUUUAAUACAAAAGUGUUAGCGGUAGAGCCUGCUCAAGACUACAAUUCCACUGGGAGUUGGACCGUCAAGGUACAAAAUGACCAAGGUGAAGUGAUCACAGAUACAUUUGAUGAUAUAAUCUUAGCAAGUGGUUUCUUUUGGAAGGCUUGGUAUCCAGACAUUCCAGGCAAGGAAGAGUUUACGGGUAGAAUAAUGCAUGCUAAACACUACAGGAGACCUGAGGAGUUCAGAGAUAAAACAGUUCUCGUUGUUGGUAAUAGCAACUCUGCUGGGGACAUUGCAGUAGAUGUUAGUCGGGUAGCCGAGAAAACUUUUUUAUCCAUUGGAAAUGGCACCUGGAUCAUGAACAAGGUCAACCAAGGACAGCCAGCUGACUUUCAGUUAAGACGCUUUCUUUCAAAAAUGCCCAGCUGGUUAACUAAAAGAAUAGCAAAAAUUAUAGCUCAGAGCCAUUUAGACCACACUGCAUUUGGUCUUCAGCCAGAAGUGUUGGACGAAGGGCCUCUGGAUUUAACAUCAGCCGUAAUGUUUUGCGAUGAGUUACCACUGAGUUUGGCAACAGGGAAGGUGGCUGUCAAACCACAUCUAAUCAGACUAGAGGGGAGUAAAGCCACGUUUGAAGAUGGAACCUGUGUUGACAGAAUAGAUGUAGUGAUAUUUGCCACUGGAUAUAAUCAUUCUUACAGCUUUGUUGACAAAGUUUCAGUUGCUCUCAAGAACUUUGACUUAUAUAAGCUGGUCUUCCCCACCGACUUGCCCCACCCCUCCCUAGCAGUGGUGGGCUGUGUGACUACUGCUGGACCUGUGUUUCCUGUUGUGGAGCUGCAGGCACGUUGGGCGACAAGAGUGAUGGCUGGAAGGUGUGUUCUACCAAGCGCUGAAGUUAUGAAAAGAGAUGUUCAAGUUAUGCAAAAGAAAUAUGUCCAAACCGAUAGGAGCUCUCCAAAGAUGAAAAAGGUAAAUAAUUUAGUUUUAAGAGAUGACAUUGCGGAGCUAUUGGGAGUUGGAACAUGCUUUUGGCGGCAGAUAUGGACAGAUCCCGUCUUGGCCUUUAAGUGUUACUUUGGUCCAUGUUUUCCCUACCAGCACCGUUUAUGUGGCCCUCAUACAUGGGAGGGAGCACGAGAUGCAAUCUUUUCUGCUUGGGAAAACACAUACUUUUCCUUAAGGUCUGGGCUUAAGAGUCCCAAUCAAGAGAGAAAGUAUCAAAAGGAAACUUUUAUUUUUCUCCUUUUACUUGUGGCAAUAAUAAUGCUGGCAUGGUUUGUAAAUAUGGUAAAGAAAGAACAGUUUCCAUGAAAAAGAAGCUGAUGUAUGAUAUUUCCUAUGCAACUAAUAUAUACACAUAUAUAUAUUUGCUGAAAAUAUUUUUACCCCAAGUAAAUAACACUUUUUAUAGACAGACACAGUGUGUCUGGCGUCACUGAAAGAGAGCAUUAGUUUAUUUCAUUGUACCCCUAUACUUGAGGCUGUGAUAAUAAUAAAUAGAAAACAAAUUUUUCAAAAGAAAGUAUUGCUUAUUGCCUAUGUGUUACCUUGUUAACUUACGGAUGGUCUAUUAUCACCAUAAUCUGCUCGUUGCCAGUACUUUAUCUUGACUGCAAAAUUUGAUAAUCAACACAAUAAAAACCAUGUUGCUUAUAAUUUUCAAAGGUAUAGGAAUUAUAGCUUGAAGUUAUUUUAGUUUUUUUUUCUUGCAUAUUAAUUUUCUACCAAUUUGCAUUCACAAGUUUGGCUUUGAAUUUCUGUGGUACGGAAGCCAUUGUUGAAAUAUACUGGUUGUCAACUAUUAAAUUUUUG